AAAAUGGAACGGGAGGAGUUCCAACGGGUGCCUUCAUUCCCAUCCCUGUACGUCAAAAGCUUUCUUGCAAACUAACCUUUCUUUGAUUUGGUUCUGUUUUAUUCUCGCCCGUCGAGAAACCGUAUAGGUUUCACUUUCCGGUUCUGUGGAUGUUCCCGGCCAAUGGUUGAUUGCUCUGCAGUUUGCUCUUCCAGGUUCCUGCCGAUCAACGAGGAGAUUGGAUUUUGCAGAUAGAUCGUGGCAAACAAUUUUAGUACUUUCUGCCUUUUUUUUUCCGGUGAAGAAGGUGGAGUAAUGAUGGCUGAGAUAUCUUAGACGCUCGCACUUUAAGCCUUUAAGUCUACAUGGUCAAGAAGCCAAACAUUGUCAUGCCACGGGCCAAGCUGUUUUUGGAUUAGCUACACUGGAUGGAGAGACAUCUGCUUGGUGAUGUUUGUAGUAGCUCUGGAUCCGAGAUCAGACUUGCACUUUGUUAUCUGCGAUGAUUCUCAGUGUUUCAGUGGAACAAGCAUAGGCAAUAAAAUUUAGGUGGGAUAUGGAAACAGUUAUCUGGUCCUGAGGCCUAUUACAUUGAGUUAUUCAUAAAGCAGAUCCCUUGCAUGGAAGCAGGAAACAACUCUGAUGACAGCCUUGGAGGAAGCCGUGUUAUCCAAGAGUACUUUGGAACUCCAGAAUCAUCUGCCAACAUCCCAUCAUCAGAAAAGUAUGGGAAUUUACAAACACCAGAGCAACAUAAUUUAAGUUUCUGGGUCAAGAAGAGGCUAUUUAGGCCAUCAUCUCUGCGGAAGAUGUUUAGUUUACCAAGGAUACCCUGGAUAUCUGGCUCAGAAAAUGAUGAAAAGGUUGAAUUGACUAAAGCAGAAAUUGAAUCAAUUCGUUUGGAGAUUGCUACUGCAGAGGAGAGGGAAGCACAUCUUAAAGCACAAUUGGAACAUGUUGACGAGAUUUUAAGAUCUGCACGGCUUGCUGGCUAUCUGUAUACACGAACUGUAAUUUUUGACCUGCUUACAUACUUGAGAUGGACGGCUCUGCCUUGGGAACCACCUGUUGAUGAUGCAGAUAUAGAUGACUGGCUUCAACAUUUCAUGGUCCUUCAUGGAUCAUGCAUCUUUUUAUACUUGCACUCAUCAGAUUUGAGCCCUCAAGACUCCAUUCUUUUGACCGAAAUUGUUGAAGUUGGCGUUCUACCAAGUUUCAUACACCAUGAAAAUGAAACCAGAUAUUCAUUUUCUAUGCUCACUCGUCAAGGGCUUCGCUAUGAGUGCUCCAGUUCUUCCAAAGUACAGGUGGAUGCAUGGUUGUCAGCCAUCAGGAUUGAGUGCAAAAUGGAUCCUUCCAGUGAUACUCCUCAGGACUCGAGCAAAUUAUAGUUAGAAGUUUUCACUUCUUUGUACAUAACGAGCUACUGUACAUUAUGCAGAAAGAUAUAAGACGUCUCAUUCUUUUCGGAGUUGCAUGCCUUCAAUGUUGUGCUUCGUCUGGACAACCGAUUACAGAUUUUUCUUCCAUCGCCCUGACGAAGAACCCGCAAGUUGGCGUUCCUCGCACAGUCAUUUUCAAGGGGUGUUUUGCUGAAAAUAAGGGUGGAAAGAACGGUCAAGUCGUCAAUCGUCAACGGUGGAAGCCCCAUCAGCGACCAAUUCUGGAAGCGAUUCUGGACCCAGUAGCAGGGGAAGGGCUUCGGCUUCUUUGGGUAGGCGUGAAAUGGUAAAUACAGAUACUGCGGAACGCUUGGCUCAUGCGUCUUGUUCCAGUUUUUGCUUAUCUAAUAAAUGGAAUUAAAUUAAAGUGAAGCAUGUAAGAAUUAUCAUUAA